AUGGAGAAAAGAAUUACUCUAAGGCUUUUGUUUGUGAUAGCUUUGCUUGUUUUAAGCAGUGUAGAUGUAGAAGGUAAAGUUAGAAAAAUUACAUCAGAAGUCAAUAGAAAAUUGAAGCUUCUCAAUAAGCCAGCAAUCAAGAGUAUUAAGAGUGAAGAUGGAGAUAUUAUCGAUUGUGUUGACAUCUACAAGCAACAUGCUUUUGAUCAUCCUGCAUUAAAGAACCAUAAAAUUGAGAUGAGACCGAGUAUUAAUUUUCCAUCUGACACUACUACAGCUGCUAAAAACGAGUCAUCCCAACGAGUUCUAUCGCAAAUUUGGCACAAAAGUGGAAGUUGUCCAAAGGGAACCAUUCCCCAGACUUCAUAUCUUAUUACAUUGGGAUAUAGUUACGUUGGUGCUAGAGGAAAUAUAAAUAUAUGGAAUCCAAGAGUUCAAUCGCCCGAUGAAUACACUACUGCUCAAAUUUGGCUUAAAAGUGGCCCUGGAGAUAGUUUUGAAAGUAUUGAAGCAGGCUGGAUGGUCAACCCAAAGUUAUUCAGUGAUGCACAACCUCGAGUAUUUAUACGAUGGACUCUGGAUUCGUAUCAGAAGACAGGCUGCAUUAACCUCAUUUGCUCUGGAUUUGUACAAACUAGCCAAGAGAUCGGAUUAGGUUCAGCUAUUCAACCUACGUCACAAAGAUGGGGAGACCAAUAUGAGGUCGACAUCCAAAUUAACAUGGAUCCAAAUCAGAGAAGAUGGUGGCUAAUAUUUGGAGACGAUGUGAUAGGGUAUUGGCCGUUCGAAAUCCUAACAUAUAUGCAACAGAAAGCCAUAUUAGUUCAAUGGGGAGGGGAUGUUUAUAGCAAAAACGUGAAGGGAGUGAAACCCCACACUACAACAGCCAUGGGGAGUGGAGAUCAUGCAUCUGCUUUGUUGGGAGCAGCUUGUUACAUUAAUAAACUUAGAAUCUUGGAUUAUUCUCUCCAAUUGAAGUACCCUGAAUGGAGUGCAGAUGGAGAUAUUAUUGAUUGCAUUGACAUUUACAAGCAGGCAGCUUUUGAUCAUCCCGCUUUAAUGAAUCACACCAUCCAGAUGACACCCAGCUAUGAUCCAAUUGAGACUAAAACAAGAACAAAAUGGGAUGAAAAGCACUCUUCCAUGACUAUGACUUAUCAACUAUGGCAGAAAAGUGGAAGUUGUCCUAAGGGCACAAUCCCAAAGGCAGUAUUGAUUACAGAAGGUUAUAGCUACUCAGGAGCUAAAGGAGAUAUCAAAGUUUGGAAUCCUAACGUUGAGGCUGACGAUGAGUACAGUACUUCUCAAAUUUGUCUCUCCAAUGGCCCUUACUAUAAUUUUGAAAGCAUUGAAUCUGGAUGGGCGGUAAAUCCGAGCGUAUAUGGGGACAGACAGACUCAUUUAUUCUUAUAUUGGACGGCUGAUGCUUCAAAGACAACAGGUUGCUUCGAUCUCACUUGUCCUGGUUUUGUUCAAACCAGUGAUAUAAUUGCUCUUGGCACAGCAAUAUAUCCAAUUUCAUUACCUGGUGGACUCCCAUAUCAAAUAACCAUUUACAUAUUUAAGGAUCCCAACACAGGCAACUGGUGGGUGCAAUAUGGAGAGAAAAUCAACAUUGGUUAUUGGCCACCUGAUUUAUUCAAAUCUUUAAGCUUUCACGUAGAAACUGUGGAUUGGGGAGGUGAAGUAUACAGCUCCAAACUUCAACAUGCUCCACACACUGCAACAGCUAUGGGAAAUGGAAACUUUCCUCUUCCUUAUCUGUGCAAUUCACGCUGCAUAACACGAAUGCGAAUUCAUGACAAUUCUCCAACCUUGAAGUUCCCAGAUUGGGUAGAAACUUAUACGGAUGAGUACAACUGCUACGAUGUUAUGUAUGUUGGCAAUUACAUUGAAGAUCCUGAAUUUUUUUAUGGAGGGCCUGGUAGAAAUUAUAUUUGUCCUUAA